AUGAUUGAGGACAAGCCAGUCAGAGCCAGUGAUAGUGCUACUGAUAUUGAGGUCGGCGUUGCCUUCUCCACUACGUUGCUCCUUCCCAAUGACCUUAACCAUAUGGCCGAGGUCAACGAAUAUGAAAAUUUCGCUCUUGUGGCUAAGGACAUGAAGAAGGAGCUGGUCCACAAGACCAAGGAAGCUACUGGCUUGCUUAAGUCUUUAAAUAAUACCGAGGCCAAAAUGAAAUCCUUGUUAGAUCAAGCCAAAGCAGCUAAACAAGCCCAAGAUCAAGCCGAGGAAAGGGCAGGUACUGCAGAGGCUGUUGUUGAGAUUCUCAAAGCCGAAAUAAAAGAGGCCGAAGUAAAAAUUACCGAAGCCCAAGCAGAGCUUCGAAGUGCCCUGGCCACAAAAGAAGCCGAAAUCAAAGCGGCAGACGAGAAAGCUUAUGUCAAAAGAGCAGCCGAUGUCCGCAAGGAGUACAAGAAACAAGUCAGACAGGCAUGCAACAAGGGUUACACCCUUGGUUGGAUGGCUACUCUGAAGGAAUUGGCUGUCGUCGAGGACUCUCCCCUCAGAGAUGAAGGCCGACUUGUGGUGUCAUUCCCCCCUGCUUUAAGCCAAUCUGAGGCUAAAGGGAAAGAAGGAGAAGCAGUAGAUGAAGCAGAAGAAGAAGACGAAGAGGCCGAAGUGGAAGUCGACGCUGAAGGUUCUGCUGUGGCCAAGUCCCUAACUCUGAAUGAGCAAGUCCUGGACUUGACCCAGGAUGAGGAGGACGAGGUCCAAAAGACCACUUCUGAAGCCGAGGUCGAGAUUUCCAGUAAGAGCCUAGAUGACACACUGCGUGAGAUUGAUGCCGAGGUAGAGGCCGAUAAGAGUGUAACACCACCAGCCGAUGAAGCCAAUCUUAGUACUUAG